CUUCGCUAUCAUGAUUUGUCAUUAUAGUAGUGUAAUCCAUCUCUUUCUGGUGAUUUACACCCAAAGACUGAUGGGAUUUAUCACGACUAGUCGGUUUCUGGUAGGCGUUGAAAAAUAAGAGAAGAAUUUUAGUAUUCUACAGACACACCUUCACUGGCACACACAGACAUACACAUGAAGACAACAAAUUAAACAGUUCGCUCGUCAUCAUCACCAUUAUUAUAAUUUAUAUGAUUGCUACAAUCACGUUUUAGUAAUUUCAUAAUGUCACAUGGAAAUCUAUCGGCUUUUAUACUGCAAAGAAUUGUAAAUUGAUUUAAUCCAUAAGAUAUCUGCGCACAUUAGGAGAGAGAGAGAGAGGCAGUAAACGAACAAGAAAGUGAGCAUACUUCUAUGCGUGUGUCUGUUCUUUAGCAGUUUAUCUGCCUUUAAUUGUGUCUAUUGUGUGUAGGCUAUUUGAGCACAGAAACAUGAGAGAUACUGACUGAAUACAACCACAACAACAGUACACAAAAUAACUCCAGUCUGUCUUCUCAUCAUAUACAAGAGAAAGCCAAUUCCUUUACAGUUGUCGGUUGAAUUUAGUGUAUGAGCACAAUUAUAUAGUAUAUGUGAAAAACCAGAUAAACCAGCAGACAGGCAUACAGGCUGCACGUGAACACACUCACCAACUUAUUCAAACAACUAACAAAGCCUGACACACACACACACACACAAGCAUAAUUACUAACUUAUAUUGCAUGACAUAGAAUGACCUAAUUUUAAAACGGAAAUCAUUAUCGUUAUAAAGGAGGUGUCUACUGCCAAUCGAAGAAUUUGUCUUGCACACUUAUCAGAUAUCCUGUGUUCAUCUUAACCAUCCAUCUAGUCCUCAUCUGUCUUACACUUUUCUAUGGAGUCAACUGAAGUCAACUCCGCCGCCCAACCAGAUAUCAGUGAGGUGACGAAUAGUACUACUACCACUACUACUAAAACCAAUAGUAGUAAUAGUAUCAUUGCUGACACGGUAAAUGAGAACGAAGAUGUUGUUCAAAAGGAUGUUGUCAACACUGUGAAACAGACGAUUGACACAAAUUCAGAUGUUUCUAAUCCCUCAGAGACAACAACCAUUUCCUAUGAAAAUAAUGAACUAAAAUCGAUUUCAAUCGUCAGAGAGAUUUCACCACAAAAGGAGUAUCAUGUAGCAAGUACAACUGAAGCAACACCGUCAAGUGAAGCCGUCUUAACAAAUGAAGAUAAUAUAAAUUAUACACCUAAAUCUGAAGCUACGCCAAUCGAUAUAGAGAUUUCUAAGGAUAUGGUUGAUGAGACACUGCUGAAAAUAGUCGAAACACCAAUUGAAAUACGCAAAAAGAUGGCCAUCAAAGUAGUCGAUGAACAGAUACAAUCACGUGGAUCAGAGAUGGUUGAAGAAAUGAAGACAAAGGAGAUUUCUUCAUCUACUUCUCCAUCAUCAACUAAAAAACAAAUAAAGUUGUCCUUAUCUCUAUCACCGGACACUUCAAGCCAAGAGGUGGUCAAUACACUCAAUGAAUUGUCAACUACUACAUCAACAGGUCAAUCAAUAGACGGUAUAACCGAACCAAUGAUCACAGAGACUAUUGUAAAACGACACAAUAAACAACAAGCAGAUAAUCCUAGUUCAGAGUCAUUCAAUAGUGAACUACAAACAAUCGAUACAACUUAUGUUAAACAUCCACAAAGACCACCACCACCGAAAUUGAAUUCAGUGAAAAAAACUCAAACUUCGCUAAACUCCUCUCAUUCAUCAUAUAAUGAUACUAAUGAAGUUAUGACAAAUGGUAUAUCAACAGAUUCUCACUAUAAACGUCCAUCAUUCAAGUCGAAUUUAAAGCAUGCAUUCAGUAAUCUAAGGAAAAGCUUCAAGCGUAAAAAUAAAUCAUCUCAUCAGAGUUAUAAUGGUUCAAGCCAACAACCAACACAUAAAAACAAUCAUUACAUCGAUUAUAAUGAUAAUCAUAAUAAUGGUAAUCAUCAACAGUACAAUGAUGCUCAUUAUUUAAGUCAUCAGGAUUAUCAAUCACCUGAAGAAAUUCCAGAAUCACACUCAAAUGUUCAAUCACUUGAUCCAUCUAUCAGUGAUUCAUUACAAUAUCAAAGAGAAGAAUUUGAUAUAUUGAAUCCAAUUGAAAAUAUUGCACCACCAGCUAUUCCAACAAAAAUGUCAUCUGAUCCAAAUCAACCAAUCUAUGUGAAUCAUUCACUACAAACAACAAAUAUGCUGGAUAACAAAAAUACUGAGGAAUGCGAUAAACAUAUUUAUGCAAACAGUCAAGAGUUGAAAAACGCACGAAAGGCAAAGGAGUUGGUAGCAGCAGUUAUAGCAGAUUCUGUCCUUGCAAAUCAAUUGUCCUAUCAAGAGACGUAUUGGGCAUCUGAAAUCCAUAGUGGACCUGCAAUUAGCCAACCACCGUUGAAUAUAAACUAUCGACAAAGCUAUCAGACAAGAAGUGAACAGUCAACACCACGACAAGUGGUUAGAUCACAAAGUCAAAUGACGAAUAACAGUGGAGUGAAGCCUUUUAUGACGCCAGAUUUGCGCUAUAGACCAGUCUCAUCACCAAGACCAAGCAGGCCAAAUAAUCCGCCUAUUCUAUCCCCAAUGGAUCAACAAAUACAGGAUAGAAUGACCUCUGAAAAAGAUAUAAGGACUCGUAGAUUGGAUAUGGUGAAUUCAGUAAAAUUGGACAACAAGCAUUCAGACUAUGAUAAUGAUCACUUCGUCGGAGGUUAUACAGAGCCUCAACCAGAUCAAUAUCAACCGCACUAUUCAUAUACAAUGAAAUCAUCAGAGAGAAGAAUUAUGCCAUAUCAUGUACCUGGUAGUCUGGAUGGAAGAUAUCCACAGGAGUAUGACGAUGAAUAUUCACCUGAAACUCGAAGAAUACAAACAAUGCGACAUUCAGACUAUCCAACUAGACUUCGUGAAAGAAUUCAUGUCUAUCGGCCAGUAUCAUCAUCAGCUACAGUAUCAGCAACACUUCCAUACAAUGGUUAUGAUCGUAAUAUGACACUGAAACCAUAUAAACCGAAAGCAAUUGCUGAACGUUAUAAAUGCAGUGAAGUCUAUAGUUGGCCACCAAAAUUUCCGAAAUUGAAACGACGUAAAACACAACCACCAAAACAAAUUCAUACAGGACAAGACCAUGUAGUUAUUAAAGAACAAAUUAAACCGCCAAUGAACUAUCAACCACCUGUACCAAAUCAAACACAUACCAAUGAACCACUUCAUGUUAUCAAGGUGAGUCAACAAUGGAAUACGCUGAAUAACAAGAGAGAUUCAGACAACUCACCAGAACGACAAGUAACCAGUCUUCAUUCAGUACAGAGAUCUACUUUAUUGGAACAGUCGAAUCGAACUUCAGGACCAGGGCCAGGAUCAAGAAAUCAACUUUUCAUAGCAGAUUACAAGCAAAUGCCAAGCUCUCAGGAAACACAAAGUUUGAUGUCAGAACAAGGUAAAAAGGAGGGGAGAUGUAUGGUCAGUUCAGAGAAACCCAACUCUUUGGCUCUUCCAUAUUUCACUAAGGCAGCAGAAAAUAAAAGAUUUUCUAAAUUUCAUUUUACUACUGCCAAUAAUGCAAUCAACGACAAUAAUAUCAACAACAAUAUUGUAAUGUCAUCUGAAGUGAUGCAAUCAGAAUCACCAAAGUCGAUUGGUGUAUUGAAGGAUACAGUGAAAGCUAUGCAUCCAUUCCUUCAAGAAUGGUUUGAAAAGCAUAAAGAAUUGGAUAACAAAGAGUUAAAAGAUGAAGAAAGAAAAAAUGAUAAGUUGGUGAUCAAUUGUCUAUCUGAAUACUUAUUCACAUGCAUGAAACUACGUUCACUCGACUUACAAGGUGAAUAUGCUUCUUUUGUAUUUCCAUUGAAGAGUUUCAAUGAAAAAUCAUGGGAUAAAUAUGGUUUCAUUGAAGGUUGGGAGGAGUUGUCAAUUGUCUGUGCACCCAAUACCAAUCAUGAAUAUGUGGUCCUGAACCAAUGUGAUAAGCAAUCGAAUAAGCUAAAAUACACAACGAAAACAGUGGACAAAUUACUAACAAAUUGGUUAAAUAGUCAAACGACAAAAUCACCACUUCCAAAUGGUCAUACAUCAUUUGAUAAUCUUACAGCAAAUAAAAAUAAAUCCAUUGAAGACAAAGCACUUCAUUCAAUUGUUUUAACGACAACACUGAAGAGUAUUCUAAGCUUAUUUGACAAUAAAGAAGCAGGUGUUGAUAUAUUUGAGACCUGCAUAAAACUUAGCGUUCUGUUAAGUCUGAGUGAAUGCCUACCUACUAGCUUAGAUAGAAGUGAGGUGAACAAGACUCAUUCAGAAGUAGAUCUAACUCCAGAGAAUAUUCUACUGAUACUAUCUCCAUCGAAUUGUCUAACAGUGUUCAAGAAAUUCGAUAAGAUUCAACCAACAAAUAAUCAUAUGGAUAAGAGUAAUGAUCUAUCGAAUAAAGAUGAUGCUGAGAAGCAUGAUGCUAAACAAGCCUUGAACAAAGAGAACACAUUGAAAUCAUUGUUCAAUCAACUUCAUUUACACGGUGACUCAAUCAAUGAAGUGAUCAAUGAUAUAUUAAAACAUCUAUAUGAAAUAACAAAGCAUGAAUUUAUAUUUCCAGAGAUGGUAACCUCUUUACUGAAGGCUGUUGCACCACCUGAUUGGAUUGCAAUCUGUUUAGCAAGAAUAUGUUUAUACAAUCAAACAAGCCAAUAGAAUUAUGUUUGCUCUUUUCAAAAUAUUGCGUGUACCUCUACUUUCGUAUAUCUUAUUUCUUCUAUAAACCCUAAUAUCUAUAUACAAAUAUAUGCCUUGUUUUCUCAUCACCUAACACUCAAUUCAUCCAUUAUAUAUAUAUAUAUAUAUAUAUAUAUAUAUAUAUAUAUAUAUAUAUAUAUAUAUAUAUGGGUCAAUCAAUAAACUUAUUCUACUUUCAACGACUGCCAUGAUCAUCCACACAUCACAGAAAGUGUAUCUUUUCUUUCGUCUAAGAACUAAAUUCUUUUUUUUGUCUUAACCUAUCAAUAAUACUAAUGUAUCAGGCUGAAAAGAUUCUUAUUUUCGUUUCAACUUCGCAAAUAGCGAAGUUGUUUUCCUUCUGUGUGUUGAAUAUCAUAAUUUUGGCUUUCGAUUCAUCUUCAAAUGGCCUUUAUAAUGUUUCUAAGGUGAUGAUAAGGAUAGUGAUGAAUAUGUUAUUGUUUGUUUCUUUCUCUGAUCUUCAUUAUUUAGAGAUUAUUUGCUUUUCAAGAGGUAUACUUAUUUAUUUAUAUGCAUAUUCGAAAAACAUUAACUUAAUUUUGCAUUCAGUUGUUAUCUCCUUGCUUUCUGUUGCAUGUCAGUUUUCAAAUAAAUGCAUCCUUUUGCU